AUGAUGGCUACUACCUGGAGCUGCAAACCCUGGAGUGAGCUGUUGGAUUUGGUGGCAGCCACCCAGCAGCAGCUGCAGGACCUUGCGCUGCAGAUGGCGGUGCUACAGCGCGCAGUGGAAGCGAAGGUAUCUCCCAAAAGCAGGGACGGGCCCAGAGGGCCCAGAGGGCCCAGAGGCUUCAGGCACAAGAUUGAUGCAGCCUUGGAACUCGCCGAAGAACAGCUGUUGUGGAAGGUGUCACUUCGUGACGAGGAGGACGGAGCCGCUUCGGAGCUGCACAAGGGCACCUUGGCCGGAACGGCCUCGGGGUCUACCUUGGACUUCCAGGAGGAACCGCCACCAGCGCCAGCGUAG